AUGGCAGAGCUACAAAGAGAGCUCAAUUCUUCGCACCACCGAUCUGAUUUACCCCAGGAAGAGAAUUUACGGCCUACCGCUUCUCCUGAGGAGCUGGCUCUCCAGGAUCAUGCUGAAGCUGCGCAGUCCGGGUCUUCUGGACUAAAUGUUUCCACACAGGGGCAUGGCCAAGAUGCAGACUAUAACGAAAAUCGGGUCCUAUCCGGUGAAGAUAAUCCGAUUUCUCAGUCGCCCGCCGAGUUGAGUACAGGUUUCUCCUUGGAGGCAGCCGCUACACUAGGGGGACCAACCACCAUCCCUUCUGCUGUAGAUUCAUCCAACCCGUCGGCAGAUACCCAUCGCCCCUUUGAGCAAGCUCAGAGCAGGCUCAACUCACGAUCCGAUACCCUUCUAUCUCGACAGUCGUCUCCUGCAACAUCUCCUCCAACCUCACCACGUGUCCGAGCAUCGUUAAUCCAUCAGAAUUCGGACGUCAUCACCAUGCAGCUAGAAGUCCUGGGAAACCGUAAUACUCACAACCAGAGUCCACAGAAUCCAAGAACUGCCAAUGAAAUCGAUCGGUCCGACUACAAUGGAGCGCCCGCAGACCGUAGGUCAAUCCAGGAUUUCCUGGACAAUCUUCUAGCGAAUCAGGGACAAAGUCUCGCUACGGUAGCUGGGUCAGAAGCUGUAGACAGCGAUGGACUUUCUAAUAUGACCACCGCACUGUCUCCUGAAACUGGUGACGGUGCGUUAAGUACUCCAUUACACGAUCAAGAUCAUGGUCAGCGCACAUUAGAUGAGCAGGCUACGCAUGGUACUCCCGCCACGCAACCGGUCACAACACUCGCCAACAUUCUACCAGACAGCGUGGAAGAGCCAAGCCAGGACGACAAUCUUGAGCCGACCUCAGACGCGGACGUCCUUCAUGCCGGUGCUUCCGAUGGGGAGCUGCCACCGCCACUAGUGGACGCUCUCGCUUCUGGUGACAUGCCAGCCGACCCCUCCUCUGUCCCACACCGCGUUACAAUCCUUUCCUGUCAUCCAGUCGACUCUCUUGCUUCACAUCUCGCCUCUAUUAUCACCACUGCGCUCUUCAUCCCCCUCGAGUCAUACUAUUUGCGUUCCCUCGCCUCUUCCUAUCUGUCAUCCGUAGGGUCCCCUCGACGUUCCGACGUCCGUCCCCUCGGAGCAUGGGGCGGAGGUGGCUCUUCCUCGGAUAUAAUGGCAUAUAUGGGCAAGAUGGCUCUCAUGGUUGGCUUGCAAGCUGCAGUGAAUGCAAGUGUGUGGGGGGUGAUAUCAGGCGCUGCAAUCAGGAUCGGCAAGCGAUUCUGUGGUUGGGGAAGUCUAUGA